UCCAUCUGACAGCUGGCAGCGCGAGAUGCUCAGAACCAGACCCGGAGCUCCCCACCAGCGCAGAUUCGGUUCUGGUCCGAGCGGAAACCGAGCCGCUGGGUUGGAGUCCGAGCAGCUGUCGGGUUGAGCUUCUGGAUCCUAGGCGGCAUGAUGCGCUCCUGAUCCCGGCAGAACGCCUUCAUUUCCCCUGUUAUAUUUUGGAUCCGUUUGGACAUCCGGAGGCCUGAUCAUGUCUGUUAGAGAGAAGGGGGUCCUGACCAAAGACAGCGUCAGCCUGUUGCCCUGCUUCUAUUUUGUGGAGCUGCCCAUCCUGGUCUCAUCUGUGGUCAGUCUCUAUUUCCUGGAGUGGACCGAUGUGUUCAAGCCGGUGAAUUCUGGGUAUAACUGCCACGACCGCAGCCUGAGCUUGCCCUACAUCGAUCCCAACCAUGAGGUCAUCCCACUGCUGAUGCUGCUUAGCCUGGCCUUCGCUGGACCAGCCAUCACUAUCAUGAUUGGAGAGGCCAUCUUGUUCUGCUGCCUUUCUCGGAGGACGACUGGUGGUGGAACGGAGGCUAGCAUCAACGCAGCAGGCUGCAAUUUCAACUCUUUCAUUCGCCGAGCCAUCCGCUUUGUUGGUGUUCAUGCGUUUGGCCUCUGUGCGACAGCCCUUAUUACCGACAUCCUGCAGCUAAUGACUGGCUAUCCAACACCCUACUUCCUCACUGUGUGCAAACCCAACUACACCACACUGAAUGUCAGCUGUGAUAAGAACCCCUAUGUGACAGAGGAUAUCUGCUCAGGAGCAGACCCUGCAGCCAUAAACCAGGGGAGAAAAUCCUUCCCAUCCCAGCAUGCCACACUAGCAUCCUUUGCUGCUGUCUACAUAUCAAUGUAUUUCAACAGCACUCUCACAGACUCGUCCAAACUGCUUAAGCCUCUGCUGGUCUUCUCUUUUAUUAUAAGUGCCAUCAUUUGUGGUUUGACUAGAAUCAUUCAGUACAAGAACCACGCUGUUGACGUUUAUCUGGGAUUCCUAAUUGGAGGUGGUAUCGCCGUGUACCUGGGGGUGUAUGCAGUUGGAAAUUUCCAGUCAAGUGAGGAGCCCAACACCAACCCUCCUGUUCUUUUGCACCACCCGUCUUGCACAUUGCCACAUGUAAGUCAGGAGGCUGUUCUCCAUCACCUUCAGAUGAAAGCUAGUAUGUCUAGUGAGGCUGGUAUCCCCACCUCCCAUUCUGAAAGCCUGCUUCACCGAGGCCUUCAGCAGCAGAGACCUGAAGACAGCCUAAAGCGCUCCAAUGCUAAUGUGGAAGUGAUGUCGCCCUGCAGCCCCCAAAGCAAAGAUGCCAUGAUGAGUUUUAGCCAUACGCUCCCUCGGGUUCACACCCCUCAGGCCAUAGCAGCAUAUGAAGAAGCUGCCAGACGCCAUGCUGCCACUCUCCACCAGGCGUCCAUGGACUCCAGUCGCUCAAAGCAGCUUCUGUCUCAAUGGAAAAGCAAGAACAACAACCAUAAAUGCUCCAUGAUGUCCCCAGACUCCUUUUCCUCCUCUGUCGACUCAUCUUCUGGCCACCUUCCACAUCAUGGCAGCAUCGAGCUACGAUCCAGCUCUGAACCAUCAACUGUGGGCAUAAAUGGGGGCCUUGAUGCCAGCACAUACUUGUCCAAGCUACCCGCUGGUGCUAGUACCACACUACCCAGUAACUGCAGUGGAAUCACUGGAGGCACCAGGAUAUCAAUGCAAUCUAGACCUGGGUCUUCACAGCUAGUGCACAUACCAGAGGAAGCACAUGAAAAUUACAACACCACUUCCCAAAGGACAGGAGCAAGUGACAUAACAGUCAACUGUACAGUUCAAGCUAACUGGCAAAGAGCAGCUGAGAAGACUGGAAACAUGCAGAGCACCCAGCCACGAAUCAUGCAAGUGAUUGCUAUGUCCAAGCAGCAGGGUCUACUUCAAACCCAUUCCAAAAGCUUAGAUGAAAGCAGCAUGGGUUUUUAUGAUAAUGGAAGUUGCCAUGGUAGUACACGAUACAGAGCACUCACCGAUCAAGACCCUAUCAGCACCACAGGGCCCAGCUCACUGGGCAGCACCACUGGUAGCAUUUCAGGGAGCACUGGAGCAAUUGUCAGAGUAGAAGCCCACCCUGAAAAUAACAAACCAGUUAUUCAAGCUCCGUCUACAGAUGGAAGUGGAUCUUGGAGGUGGCGAUCACUGGAUCAUGGCAACAGUGUCGGUGGAAGUACAGGGACUAGCUGUGUUGGUAGUGGGUCAGGUCCUGGGAGUCUCAGGCAGACUGUUGAGCACAAUGAUCAAAACGUCGACUCGGAGAGUUCAGACUCAGCUCGUGAAGGGUCUGUUGACCGGAAGCGUGGCAAACAUAUUAUUAUCACCACCUCAACUGUUGGAACCCCAUCCAUAGUUACUGUUCACACCCAGAACACUGGCCAGUCAGAGCAGAGGCUCCAUCCUCAGGGCCUGUCCACCAUAAGGGUCACUCCAGGAGAUGGAUGUGGUCCUGGGGCUGGAGGAAGUGGUAACUUCGGGGGAGAGGCAGCUUCGGAAAUCCCCUCAGUUGCUUCCAGUCGUGAGUCAACGCUGCGAAGAAAAAGCAAUAAUAUAAUUAUGAUCCCAGAGAGAGCCAACAGUCCUGAUAAUGCUAGGAAUGUUUUCUACAAGGGAACCUCAAUUACUCCUACUUUCAAGGAAUAAAACACAAUGUGACUGGACUGCCAUUUGAAGAUAGCAAAUAGAACAAGUGUAUUUUCAGCAAAUUCAAAUUCUAAAGAAGUUUAUAUGUAGCAUGGUUCUUGUACACGCUUACACUGAAGCGCAACAGUUUGUGUGUUGUCAAAAUAAUCACUGUGUAUUUCUUUGUGGUCACUCCUAUGGGAAUCCUUUUUAUAGAGUCAUAUGUUUUUGACAACAAAAAAAACAACAGAAAACAAUGUGCCAGUCACAUUAAGACUAAAUUGUUGUUCCAUAGCUGUGAAACCAAUGUUUACUUCCCUACAUUGUAAAUACUGUGUAUACUUGAAAGUGGUGCUACACCAGCCAAAACUAUUUACUUUGUAUAAAGCAUUCUGUAUUCUCCAAAUGCACCAAUAAUUAUUUUGCAAAGAAUUGCAACUAUGAAGGAAGAAGGAUUUUCUAAUGCUUCUGUUCUGUACAGGUAGCCCAUCUUUAACAGAAUACUGUUGGAACCAUAAGUGAGCUUAGCAUCUAUCAUGUAGCUACAAAGACAAAUUAGAUGUAACUUGCACUAAAGUAAGCGUUUAUUGUACGCUGCAUCAUACUGUUUUAUACAUCUAAAAUCAUAUACUACUCACAAAAUGUUAGGGAUAUUUUGCUUUUGGUCAAAUUUGUGGAAGACGUAAAAAGUUCACACAACAAUAAUAUUGUAGCAUGAAAGUGAGGAAGUUUAGAAAUAUCCAACAGUGAUUUCCCUACCUCACACAGUCUAUUAAAAGAAAAACCAAAAGUUGUGGGUAUGCAACAAUAAUUAAUGUCAAUGUCUCCAUAAUGUGUCAUGUGACUUGAGCAUUAUUACAACCUGACAACAAUGUCUCUGGCUGUUCACAAGUCAACUUAUAGUUUGUUGUGGCAUGACGUCCCUCUCUUGUUGAAGGAUGGCCCUCCAAUCAUUGGGUUUCUGGAAGAUGGAGUUACAAGUUUCUGUACAGCUGACCCCACAGGUUCUCCAUGAGAACCAGUUCUGGUGAAAAUGUUGGCCACUCCAGUCAUUGUACCCUGGUGUUCAGCAGCUGUUCCUCAAGAAUACAGCCUCGAUGACCUGGAGCAUUGUCAUCCCUUUGUUUUUUAUCAUUAAUCCAUGACUGGAUUAAUGAUGUUAUUUAGGUUGUAUCAUUUCAGCUAAACGUGAAUGAACCUACAUCAAAGAAACGUUCCCUGGCCCAUACAAGGCCUGGCCCCUCAGCCUGCUGGUGUGAUCAGUUAUUGUUGCAGGUUGUCCAGUACACAAACCACACUGAUGUUAAUGAUUCCUAAUGAUCUGAUGUGGCAUCUGGGAGCCUCUCACCUCUCUUAAAUAUACCAGGAGUUGAAUGGCAUUCAUUAUCCGGUUGUGCUGGGAAUUGUUCACUUCAUAGCAGACGAGGCCAAAGAAAGUCCACUUUUAUACCUUUCUGUGACUCUUCCAGUCUUUCUAUAUCUACUUUGCAACCUGCUGAUGAUACUGUGACUCUGUAAGCUCAGUGGCCACUUCCAUCUGAGAACAUUCUGUUGGAAGCCUCUCAAUGGAAAUUAUGUUGGUUAGUUGUUAGCUGUUGCUAACUUGUCAUGAUGUCAAAAUGUUUGCAGUAUGUUAAGAACUGUUUUAAUACAAGAAAAAAACAAUUGAGGUAGGAAAAGUAUUGGUUGAUUCAGGGAUCAUACACCUGUUGUGAAUUUUGCCAUCAGAGAAAAGUAGGUUGUUCAAAAUGUAUUUAAACAUUAAGCAGUUGGAUAUGCGUAUUCAAAGAUUUAGCAAAAGUCACAUUAAGUUCAGCUGGAAAGGUUAUAAUGCAUCCCGACACUUCUUCUGAAAGCCUAAUAUCCCUAACUUUUUGUGAGUACAUUUGUACAUGAAUGGCAAUCAAUUCUUAGAGCACAUACAUCAGCAAAACAGUGCACUAUUUCACCAGUUUUACAACUUCUAAAUGUGUUGAAAGAUUGACAAAACGUCAGAAUUUUUCUGACUCCAUUUUAUAUAUUUUGUUUUUUUUGGAAAGUAUUUGAAGUAUUCCAGUGAAAUCCAUUUUGUGUGCAUGAAUUACCUGAGUCAGUAAGAGUGGAUAAAAAAGAAGACCUACUUCAGUCAGUGUAAAUACAAAAGCAUUAUGAGAUGAAUAUCUUUUUAAAGGACCAAAAGCUUUGCAAACCAACACAGCAAUAUGUGAAAAAGGAUUUGUGCUCUUUCUUAAAUCAUACAGUUGCUAUGAUUCACCAUGUUUCAUGUUUGAAACUGCCACACACAGCAACCUGUGGCUGCUGUGUGUGGCAGAGCAUCUGUGGCUUCACAUCAGGCAAACUUGGAUUGCAUAGCUUGUUUUUCGUUAUAGGUAAAAUAAAUCCUUGUUUGAAAACUGCUUUUUUAUUCACUCAGGUUUGAUUUUCUAAUUCCAAAAACUGUAUAAUCAUCUAUAGCAAUUACAUAUGAGAAAAGCUCCCUUAAAGGAAAAGGCAGCAGUUGCUCCCUUAAAGGCAUUUAAGGGAGCAACUGCAAUAUCUAUUACUGAGGCUGCAGUACUUCAGUAUAUAGUGCUUUAGAAAGAGGGAUCUUUUUUGUUCACAAUAUCUAAAUGCUGUAUUCCUCUGUGUACACCAAUGUAGCAAAAGCACAGAUUGUUUUAAACAACCUAAUGUUGCCUGUGUAGCAGAGUUCAACAAAAGUUUCCUAAAAGAUUUAGACAUAAAGUGACAAUUUCAAUUAAAAUGCAUUCUGUUGGUUUUUGUUUGUGUAUAGCUAUAUUGGGUUCUCUCUGUUUUCUUGCUUGACAACCAGGAAUUUAAAUGAACUUUGUGGGGUGAAGGUGGAAUAUUACUGUCAAAAAGAAGUAAGACAGGUAACAGAAACCUGAGCAUUGUUCAGGAAAAUCUGAGUUUGCUCCUUUAUGUGUUAGUGAGCUGAAUACUGGCAUUCAUCAUUCUUCAACUCUGAUGCCUUCAGGUUCUCUGGUUCUGAAAAUUCUUUAAAGGACAUGGUGGUUCUCUAUCUCUUUACCUUCACACUUUAGUGUUCAAUUUCCAGUAGACUCUACAAUCAUGUCUCAUGCAAAGUUUUUUAUUGAUUUUUUUCUUUUGCUUUUAACAAAAUGCAGCCUCACCUUUUAACUGAUCAUUUGUCUUAUUUCAAAUCACCGGAGCAGCUUUGUUAAAAUUUGUUUAUUUAAUUUUUUGUAGUUGUUGUUUUUACAAACUACCGCAGGUUUGUGCAGACUGACAUAGAGAAUGACUGCUCAGAGAUAGUUGGACUUCAGCAGAGACUCUUGAAUACUCUAUGUAAGAAACAGGGGUUUGGAAGUCAAGCUGACCAAAUCAUUUUAGUGGUAAAGCGGACCCCUAUAUUUGUAUGGGUUUAGGGACCACCACUGCCUGAAAUCUAUGAAAACUUGAAACCCCCUCUAAAAAAGCUUAGAACUGCCUAAUUUACUAGAUAGAACACAAAAUAUACCUUAACAUGCAUACAAUUUAUUGUACUCCUGGAUUGGCUGCUUUACAAGUACCAGCCAUUGAUGUGUCAACUGGCUGGUACUGUUACUGUUGGUAAGUUUUUUUUAAAAUUGUCCUUUAGAACUAAUAAAGUCAUGAGUCAAGCAGCGUAUAAUUUAUACCAUGGGCUGUCAAUCAGACUGGAGCAUGCUCUGGGUUAUUGACCUGCUCCAACAUCACCUUCUGUCUCAGCCUUACUUCACUGUAAGACAUCUGUUAAUUUCCCUAUAAACAGUUUCUCAUUAUUAUCUGCCACCAAUCUUAAUUUUUGCGUAUUUUCAAUCUCUUCCAAUGGAAACCGUUCAGAGUGAUCCACCAUGUUCCACAGUAGCAAAGUUUUUUCAGCAUGCCAGACUCUUGAAUACUGCCAGACUCUGGCAUGCUGAAUGACCUUUUCUGGUGACCUCAGCAUCUUAUUACACUUAUGCAAGUAUAUGUCAAAUCUCCAAUGAGUAUGUUAACAAAUUUUUAAUGAUUACCUUAAUUUUACAGUCAAUACCAGCUUUUUCAUGAACUCUCUUAUUUGAAGCUCAAUUUUUUUUGGGGGGGGAAAUACAUAAAACACCACUUUUAAGUUUUAUGUUAUUGCUUUUCACAUUUACUUUAGUAAUAUUAAGAACAUUUUUGUAGAUGCAUUACUUAUAACUAAAUUCUAUUCAAGUUCCUGGUUGUACAGUACUAAAACAAAGAAUCUCAAAUUUGUUUUAGACUGUGCUAGUUGAUGCUUUGGUUUUGUUUUGUGUCAAAAGGUACAAUUUCUGACAAAAUUCAUGUUGAUUAUUAAAUGUUUAUGUAAUAAAACACCCACACACUUUUGGUAUUUUAAAAUUUGUUACAAAAAGAAACUGGGACAACUGUUUCUUGUCAUAUUGUGAUAUGGCAAGAUGUACCAAAGUCUGGUUUUUCUCACAUCAGAACAUUUGUGUAGCUAAUUUUGUAACCCCAGAGACAUUAUAAGCAUGUUUUUUAUAAUAUAAAACAGUAGAAUUUAGUCAUACUAUAACCAUAUAUCAUCAUGUUUUUUUCUUUGUCUUUGUCUGACAAGCUUUGUAUCUAGGUACUCUGAUUAUUACUUUUACAGUUGUCACUGAUGACUAUGUGAAAUGUGUACAUACUCAAGAAAAUUGCAGGAAAUAGUCUCGAAAGCCAAGACAAUUUCUCAGUAAGGAAAUAAUUAUUUACUAAGCAGUCCAAAAUAGUUUACAUAUGAAACUUUAUGUCAUGUUUAUUUAUUACCUCAUUUAAUGGUUUGGCUGCUCAGGUGGUGAAUUGGCUGUUAGAGUUCACCUCAGAAUCAUUUUACUUCUCAUUUUUGAAAAGUGCCAAGAGAAAUCACUCUGUCUGUCUGCAAUGUGAAACACACAAAAGCUGGAAGAUCAGCUUUUAUAAAAAAACUAAAUUAGAACAGCAUCUUUCAACUCUUUCUUUUCUCUUUAUGUCACUAGGGAUUGUUUGGGUACAAAUAAUAUGUGAUGAAAAGGGGAAAAGGUUACAGAGAAGCAGAUAAUAAGUAAAUGAGGUUCUGUCUUAUGGCCACAAAGGCCACAAACAUAUCCUGUUUGUUGCUCCCAGCACCAGCCUCAAUAGUAAUUGAUGGUGUGCUUUUUAAUAUUUACUGGAGUAGAUUUUAUGAUGUGAAAAAUCUAUAAAUGUGUUAUUCUUAAAAAGUAUAUUUCCUACAAACUUUGAUACUCUAGUCAUCUUGAAAAAAAAUAAUUGGAUCCAAGCCUUAAUGUUUUAAACACUCUGUACAGCAUGAUGUUUGAGUUUACUGAAAAAGCACACCUUGUUUUACAGUUAGAAGAAAAAAACAACAGAUCUGAUUUUCUGUACUUCCUAGAAGUCAGUGGAAUCCAAACGUGUAGCGUGACACUGGACCAGUCACACCAUCCACAGUUUGGAUCCUCCAUCCAAACUGUGGAUGGAGGAUCUUUGCAUGUGUAGACUAAUGUGCCGUCUUUGGAUGAACAAUAAAUGUUUUCUGAUUCUGUCGUCUGAUGUAUGGUUUCUAUUCAUCAAGGGAAUAAAGAAAGGGCUGGAGGAUAUAAAAGAAUGAUUGGAAG